AUGAGAGAAGCCGUGCAAGAUGUGACAGCACCUGCCCGAGGAGGACGAAGAUUUGAUGGGUGUGGAGGCGGGUUGGGGAGGAUAAGGACCGUUGUGAGACAAAACCAGCGGCUUGAGCAAGCACAAGCAAGCAACAGUUUGGUCUGGUCUGGUCUGGUUGGGAGGAGGCGGUUUCACGACCAGCGCAAAGCAAGUCCAGACAAGCCAGACUCGUUCAAUCUGGUCCGUCGCAGCACUCUUCUGGUCUGGUUCAUCUCGUUCGUCACAAAGCGCUGGGCGGCUGUUGGUGCUACCGCUGAAGCCCCAUUUGGCUUAGGUAUUGCGGGUCCCCUUUUUCUGUUCUCUCGGUCUCGCGUUGUCUCAAGCCGUGACUUCUGCCGUCAUUCGCUUAUGUAG